CAUACAAACUCUCAUAUUCAAGAUGGCGGAUAGACCGCUUAUCUGUACACAAAGCGUCAAGCUGAACGAAAUGUAAGUUAUAACCCGAAACACGGUCGUGUGACUGUUUAAGUUGAGAUUUAUCGGAAAAGUAACGUUAGUGGUAUUACAUGGGAUGACCGAGAAUGGAGAUAUAGUUAAGCUGAGCCGAGGGAUGGAGAGCGACUGCAGGAUUCCCAUGUCAUGUUUAAGGCCCAGAGUUCUGAUCCUGCACGCACUUUUCUGGGGAUUUGUGUGUCUCAGAGUGUUUGGGUCAGCAAUGCUUGGUGAGGAGAAGCCCACAGUAACAAAGGCAGCGACCAUGCCGUGUUGGCAAGUGGAAGAGUUUGUUGUUGCGACAGAAUGCACUUUGUGUAGUGCUUUUCAAACGAAGACACAAACAGCCUGUAUCCAGACAGGAUAUGUGGAGAGGAUUAACUGUACAAAGUCCAACAAAGAUGAAUACAAAAGCUGCCGCUCAGCAGUGAUGGAGGAGCACCUCUUUUGGAAGUUCGAGGGUGCCAUGUUAGGCCUUACUGUUGUCUUUGCAAUAUUAGUGUUUGCCAGGCAGAGAUCUUUAGACCGGCAAGCCGCGGAAAAGGUUCGCAGGCAGAUCGAAUCUAUUUAGUACUCAGAACUGCAUUGAGAAGUAUUGUACAUGUAAUGAGAAGAGCUCUGGAGUUAGUUUUCUCAUCAGCAAGCAGUUUCACUGGUCUGGGCUGUGAUCACUGGACUCUUGUAAACAUAUUACAACAUUUUUUCACACUCGUUUCUCUUGAUACUCCACAGUUAAAUUAACUGUGAAGCUUCCAGGAUUGAUAAGGAAGUCAGCAGCUGAAUCAACAGACCGUAUACUAGAAAAGAUCAACAGUUUGUUUCUUGUCAUCUUUUGUAUUUGAGUUUCUCUUCCCUAACAGAUAACUCACAGCUUAUACUACACGUUCUCAUUAACACAUUCUCUGUACUCUUUCUGUACUGUACAUGUUCUAAUUAACAAUGAACUGACCUGACGUAAAAGCGGAGUUUGUCAUCAAAUUGCAUUGUUUAUUAGAAUUCUGCUCUUAUUUACUCUGGAACUGUCAUGCUGAGACAUUUUAAUAACAAAAUGAAUCUGACCUUGCACUACUGUGUGUUUCAAUACGUCUGUUAAAUCAAAUAAUAGGGAAUGUAAACGUGGAAACAGGAAUCAGGUUGUUUUUCUUUAUUUUGAUGCAAAAGUGAAAAAAAAGACUAUUUUUACAUGCUUAUAAAUUGUCCUGAGAAAUGUUUGUUCUAGUUUUACCGAUCAUGUUUAAACAUCCAUAUAUUCCAUGUUCCCACAGAAAUGUUUAUUUAGUGCAAAGAAUGCAUUUACAUUUUUCAGUUUCAAUCUUUGUGGUAUUGUUUUUAACUCGUUUAAUAAUGAUUUUGGUUCUGAAACAUGGCUUCAGUUUAACUACAAGUGUUUGGUUCUCACGGGGUGCAUAGUUACAGUGUCUCGUCGUCAUUGUGAGGUUUUAUUUAUGAGAUAUAUUGAUACAUGCUAGGCACUGCACAUACUGCUGCUGACUUUUACACAUUAUAAUACAUAACUAUUAUAUAGGUUAAUGUGCAAGUGUUACAGUUCAGGUACACAGCUGAUCUUCUUGUGAUACGCUGUGCCCGUGUGGUCAUGUGUGUGCGCUCUGGCAGUGUAAAGCAAAUCUGUAAGAUUUGAGUUUUUUCAAUUUCUUUGAUGUAACGAAGGAAAGGCUGCAUGCUGUUUUCUCUUUAGCCAGUUUUACUGGUCAGCCCCGACUGUAGAUCAUGUAUUUUUAUGAAAGAUGUGAGACAUUUCCUAUUCUCUCUAUUUAAAGGGGGAACUGAAAUAAACCAAAUUGAACAAAG